UAACUUGACCCGUGAACCAGUUUUAUCCGCCCCAUCUCCAUUAUUUUCCAUAAAAGCUUAGUUUUAGCCAACCACUCCAAUGAUUUCAAGAAACACCAGUGUUUGGUUAAUAAUUCAGGCCCCCUGUUAGGCUGUUACAAAUAUAGAUCAUUAAUUUGUGUGAAACAAACAAACACACACAUCCCACCACAUAGACAUAGGACUCUCAUUUGACACUUUUCUUCAAGUGCUGUCCCCUUUAGUGUGUGUUGUGUGUGAUAGAGAGAGAGAGUGAGCAGAGGCUUCUCAUUUACUACUACAGGUAUUGGAAAAAACCUGUCUUCUAUUCUGUCCUGUUUUGAGUGUGGAGUGGGGGAGUUCCCAUUCUUGUACUUGGCUUCUGAAUACAGACAGUGUCCUUGGAGAGAGCUUUGUGAUUCUUUAGUACGAGACAUGAGGUACAUUCGGACAGCCAGCCUGAAGAGGCUGUUCUCCCUCAGACGCCACGGUUUUGAUGAAGAACUGCCCAGAGAAUCCGAUUUCAGUACAACUGAAGAGAAAUCAGACCAUUUUCAAAAGCCCACAUGGAAAUGCUUUUCCUAUGAAGAAAUCUUUGCUGCCACCGCUGGUUUUUCCUCAGACAAUAUGGUCGGGAAAGGAGGGUAUGCGGAGGUUUACAGAGGAGUGCUGGAAGACGGACAGGCAAUUGCAGUCAAACGAUUGACAAAAGCAACAAAUGAUGAAAGGAAAGAGAAGGAGUUCUUGACAGAGAUUGGAACACUCGGCCAUGUUUCACACCCGAAUGUAACAUCCCUUCUUGGAUGUUGUAUUGACAAUGGGCUUUACCUCGUUUUCCAGUUCUCCUCAAAGGGUUCUGUUGCUUCUCUUCUCCAUGAUGAGAAGUUGCCUGCUAUGGACUGGAAAACAAGGUACAAAAUUGCAGUUGGAACUGCCAGGGGCCUACAUUACUUGCACAAGACAUGUCCCAGAAGAAUCAUUCAUAGAGACAUCAAGGCUUCAAACAUUUUACUGUCUGAAGAGUUUGAGCCCAAGAUAUCCGACUUCGGUUUAGCGAAAUGGCUUCCGUCUGAAUGGAGCCAUCAUUCGAUUGCUCCAAUAGAAGGAACAUUCGGACACUUAGCACCGGAGUAUUUUAUGCACGGAGUCGUGGAUGAGAAGACGGAUGUAUUUGCGUUCGGUGUCUUUUUACUAGAGCUCAUCUCCGGCAAGAAGCCUGUGGAUGGUUCUCAUCAGAGUUUGCACAGUUGGGCCAAACCUAUACUAAAUAGAGGAGAUACAAAAGAGGUGAUUGAUCCAAGGAUUGGAGAGGACUAUGAUGUAAUACAACUCAAUAGACUUGCUUUUGCAGCCUCCCUCUGCAUCAGAGCUUCUCCAAUUUGGCGCCCGACCAUGAGUGAGGUGUUGGAGGUAAUGUCAUUGGAUGAAGAGAUAGACAAGGGAAAAUGGACGAUGCCUGACGAAGAGGAAGAUCAAGACGAGUUCUGGGGUUUCGAGGAUCUUGAAUGUGAAUGUGAAUGCGACGAUUCUUCUUGCUCGACCUCCCCACACGACUCGGCCUCAACCGGGAGUUGCUAUAACCAUAAGACCGGUUCCGUUCUUGCAGUAAUUUGACAUGUACAUAUCAUAAUAUCGGAAUCUUUGUCUCAUCCGCUUAGGUACGGUGAUGAACAAGUAGUUUAUGGAUCAUUGGUUGUGAAUACGGUAAUGUUAUAAAAUGAAAUACUGAUAUCAUCGUGUAUGAUCAGACGAUGAUAUAUAUCAGUAAAAAUUUAAGACAAUAGCAAUGAAUUAUGAUAUGACAAAUGAUUGAUUCA